UUCGUUUCAAGUUUUAUAUUCUUCAGGCAGUAAACAUGUGAUAAUGUCUGCUAUUACUACGUUAAGAACUUUCAAUAGCCUUGGUGCAUACGUCUAAUGCUUCUCAUUUUCCUGCAGCCAAGUCUCACAUUCUCGAGUCUCUGGUCAUGGGCGAGGCACUGGUGGGCUUGUCAUUUUUCUGGUUCGUCUACAACAACGUCGCCGUCGUUAAGGAGUUCAGCUUCUCUAACUUUGGCCUGUCCGUGCUGGCGACGCUAGUGCUGGGCCCGGUGUUCGGAAAGCUCGUGGGCCACCUGCUGGCCUACCUGCUCAUCGCGCUCUCGCAGGACGUGUCCAUCACUUACCUGGUCUCGCUGUGCGCCGUGUACCUGACCUUCCUGCUGGGCGAGCACGCGUUCCUGGGCAGCGGUGUCACGGCAAUCAUCGCGCUCGCUCUCACCGCCAGUGCGCACAGCGCCUCAACCAUCAUGGACCCGAUAGUGCUGCGAAAGUUCUGGAUGCUGUUUCGUUACACGUACAAUACGGUUAUCGUGUUCCUGGCCGCCUUCAAGGUAGGCCGGGACGCCGUCGAGUAUCUGGACGCGGACGACAUCAUCCUCCUUGGCCACACGUAUGCUGCCAAGGUCAUCGUCAGGGGUCUCAUGGUGCUCGUGUUGUAUCCGGUCCUCUGCUCGACGGGAUACGACCUCAACUGGCGUCAGUGUGUGGCUCUGGUCUGGAUCAACUUCAAGAGCGCGGUCAUCAUGGGAUUCUCGCUCUCAUCGUGGAUCUCGAACAUCAACGUCAGCGUUGCUCUCAGGGAGGACGCAAUACGGCUUGGCCUGGUAUUCUUGGUACAAGCCAUAAACACACUCACUCUGCCAAAGCUGAUGUGGGCGUUAGGCCUAGUGCAGAUGUCGGAGGCCGAGAAGGCCAACAUGAACGUGGUGGUGAAUGCGCUGCGCAACACGGCCAAGCAGUCGACGAACAAGCAGCGGCGCGAGAAGAACUUCAGCGGCGCCGACUGGAAGUGGGUGCAGCUGCACACCUUCAUCGAGAACCCGUACGCCGAGGUGGCGGCCGCCGGCUCGGAGCGAAGCGCCCUCGGGCCCCGCGUCUCGCUACAGCGCCGGGAGGACACGCUGGCCGAGGCCAAGCACAACGCCAACACCAACAUACUGCGGCUGCAGAAGGUAUGCUACAACAAGCAGUACGAAGACGGCAUGAUUCACAAGCGCACAAAGACGACCAUUCUAGCCGCCCUGCAGUACCCGCUGGAAAGAGAACUGUACCUGAACAUCGACAUGAUGACACAGUACAUAACGGUGCCGGCAUGGAUUUAUUCGCUGAAGAACAUCCUGCAGCGAUUCGCGGGCACCGAGGAAAUUGAGCGUCGCAGUUCGGGUCGCGUUAGCGCCCGCACCGAGGAGUCCGACACCAGCGUGGUCGAGAUGGACCUGCUCUCCAACUCCAUCACGCAGGGCUGGUACCACGUGCUCGUGGGUCUGGUGGCCGUGGGCUUCGUGCUGCUGCUCGCAGGACUGGCGGUCCUCACCCACUACAACAUGAAUGACGUCAUUAUGUCCGUCGUCGUCAGCGCCCAGGGCAUGUAUGUCCUGCUCUACGCUCUCGAGAUACUGCUCGUGGUGUACUCCAUGGGCAUGUUCAGGAUGGGCCGGGACGUGUGGCGACAAUUAGACCUGAUCAUCUUUGUCCUCGUCGUGUCCGAGUUCGUGUUGACCAGCUUUGUCUCCGUUAGCUUGGACGACACCAAGAACAAGUGGUACGCCAUCUUCCUUCAGUGCAGUUUCAUACUGCUGGUCGCCUUGCCGGACCGUCAAGACGCUACAGAAGAGAGCCCAAAGACAACAAGCCUGUUCAAGGAGGAACGUCAGAUUGUGUGGUAG